AUGCUUUUCGGGAAGUGUAGUCCUGGCAAGGGGGAGCGCAUGCGCGGUGGGGGAACCGGGAAGUGGCGGCGCAUGCGCACCGGGGCCGGGGAGCCGGACCGCCCCUUGAGGAGGCUCUGGCCGAGGGUGGAGGCGCUGCGCCCUGCGAGCUGGCUGCUCGGCGGAGGCGUGCCAGCUGGGCCUGCAGCUAUCUGCCCUCGCCCAAUCCCCGAGGGCUGGUUCUGCCCGUGUCGCAGGCUGGGCCUGGGACUGCGGAGCUCCUUUCGUGGUGCUGGGAGCCCAGCCCCAGAGCCCACCCCGUCGCUCCCUGACCCGCUGUCCCCGUUGCAGGUGCCGGCCGCAGAAGACGGGGACGAGGAGGAGGAUGCCCAGGUGCCCUGGGACUCGGAGGAGUUGGACCGCUCCAGCGGGGAAGGGGGCCCCGUGCCGGGCCCUGAGCCCGACGGCUCCCGAGCACGGGGGGUGCCCGAGCCAGAGGCCGUGGGGGACCCCGGGGAGCCGGAGCCUGCCAGCCCCCGGAGCCGCGGGGUCCAGGAGGAGGAAGAGGAGGAGGAGGAGGAAGGCAGCUGCUGCAGUGACGAAGGGGAGGACAGCGGCGACGUCUACUUCUACUACACGGUGGGCGAGCGCUGGAUCGACUACCUGGAACGCACCGAGGAGGGCGGCCUCAUCCGGCACGUGCGGCCCAAGAUGAAGCGCAAGUCAGAGAACGGCCUGGACGGCCGGGCCCUGUCCCCUGGCAAGAAGCUGUGCAAGGGCUCGGAGCUCAGCCGGACACUGGGUCCCUGCACCCCCAGCCCCACCACCACCUUUGGGGACCUGCGCAAUGGCCGGCCGGGCCAGGCACGCCGGCGCCGCAUGCCCUCGGUCGCUCCGCCCCCAGGGCUGCAGGACUGGCUCCGCACCUUCCAGCGCUGGAGCGGCCCUGAGAAGCUGCUGGCACUGGACGAGCUCAUUGACCGUUGCGAGCCCUCCCAGAUCAAGUACAUGAUGCAGGUCAUCGAGCCCCAGUUCCAGAGGGACUUCAUCUCUCUGCUGCCCAAGGAGCUGGCACUCUACGUCCUGUCCUUUCUGGAGCCCCGGGACCUGCUUCGUGCCGCCCAGACCUGUCGCUACUGGCGUGUCCUGGCUGAGGACAACCUGCUGUGGAGGGAGAAGUGCCGUGAGGAAGGCAUCGAGGAGCCCCUGAACUUGCGCAAGCGGCGUCUGCUGAGCCCCGGCUUCAUGUACAGCCCCUGGAAGUUUGCUUUCAUGCGGCAGCACCGCAUCGACAUGAAUUGGCGCAGCGGGGAGCUCAAGGCCCCCAAGGUCCUGAAGGGCCAUGAUGACCACGUCAUUACCUGCCUGCAGUUCUGUGGCAACCGCAUUGUCAGCGGUUCUGACGACAACACGCUCAAAGUCUGGUCGGCCGUCACAGGGGAGUGUGUGCAGACGCUGGUGGGCCACACCGGGGGCGUCUGGUCAUCCCAGAUGAGAGACAACAUCGUCAUCAGUGGCUCCACAGACCGGACGCUGAAGGUGUGGAAUGCGGACACGGGCGAGUGCGUGCACACUCUCUAUGGGCACACGUCCACUGUGCGUUGUAUGCACCUGCACGGCAACAGGGUGGUGAGCGGGUCGCGGGAUGCCACGCUGCGCCUGUGGGACAUUGAGACAGGCCAGUGCCUGCAUGUGCUGAUGGGCCACGUGGCGGCUGUGCGCUGCGUGCAGUACGACGGGCACAAGGUGGUCAGCGGCGCCUACGACUACACUGUCAAGGUCUGGGAUCCCGAGAGCGAGAGCUGCACUCACACACUGCAGGGGCACACCAACCGCGUCUACUCCCUCCAGUUUGACGGGACACACAUCGUGAGCGGAUCACUGGACACGUCAAUCCGGGUGUGGGACGUGGAGAGUGGGAACUGCCUGCACACACUGAUGGGACACCAGUCGCUCACCAGCGGCAUGGAGCUGCGUGACAACAUCCUGGUGUCCGGCAAUGCUGACUCCACCGUCAAGAUCUGGGACAUCAAGACAGGGCAGUGCCUGCAGACGCUGCAGGGGCCCAGCAAGCACCAGAGCGCAGUGACCUGCCUGCAGUUCAGCUCCAAGUUCGUUGUGACCAGCUCUGACGAUGGCACCGUCAAGCUGUGGGACCUUAAGACGGGCGAGUUUGUGCGCAACCUGGUGGCACUGGAGAGUGGGGGCAGCGGGGGUGUGGUAUGGCGCAUCCGUGCCUCCAGCACCAAGCUGGUGUGCGCGGUGGGCAGUCGCAACGGCACUGAGGAGACCAAGUUGCUGGUGCUGGACUUUGAUGUGGACCUCAAGUGA